AUGAAUGCUGAAAAAGAUCCAAUGAUUUCGGAAGAGCUACCAAAGUCGCAGACAAACAUUCAGUUUUGUUUUGGAAAUGAUGUCAUCAGAGCUCGCAUUAUGGAUUUCACACUCAAACAUAAUCCACUGACAAAUCAAGGUGCUAAGGAGAUUCUCGCGUUGAGAACUGUUAACAAAAGCAUGAACGUCUUCAUGCUCUCCGAAUACCGGCACCGUUCGCUUUCAAAUAAGAUUUCAUUCAAUAGCUCAUCCAGGGAUAACGCCCCUUGGGAUUUCGACUUAUUAGCCGAAGAACAGCAACUGCAAUUCUUUAAAAUUAACGUUAAUAAGUAUCGAGUGAAGCUAUCAGAGCUCUCAAAUUUCUGCAGGUUUUUCAACUACCAUCGAAUUCAUCCAAUGAAUGAUGGAGCUGAGAUCCAUGUUUCGGACAUAUGCACGCGCUAUCCUCACUUGAAUAAAUUUAUCCACAAGGAAAUUAUUGAAACUUUAUAUGGAUCAAAAAAGUCCCAUUUGAAAAAAAUUUUCGGAAUGAAUUUAUUUUGUAAAGGAUGUGAGACUUGCUUGAAUUUUUGUGAUGGAUGCGACGAGCACAACUUCGUAACUAUGAAAAAAUUGGAAUAUGGAUUUCCAGAUGGUAAAGUUUACCAAACCAUUGAAUUGUCUAUAAGAAUUCAAAAUGAAAUUAUUGAAAGAUUUAUUGACACCACCACUCAAGACGAGAAUAUGAAAACUUUGGCAGAGUUCAUUCGGAGCAAUUUCAUUGCCAAGAAUAUUAUCUUUGGAAUGGAUACCCAUGCGACUACAAUUAUCCCAGUUGAUUUUUUCUCGCUUUUUAUCAAUCAAUGGAGUGCAAAAUCGGCGGAAAUUAAAUUGUGCUGGGACAACGAAGACGCUAGCAAAGGGACCCAUUUUGGACGUUUUUCGGAUUUAAUUAAACGGCAACCAGAUGGCCAUGAGUCUGCUAUAAAAUGGAGUGUAAACAGCAUAGAAUUGCUCACGCGAAAUGAAGGAUUAGACAAUAUGAUUUCGAAUUUCCGGAAAAUUAUGCCGUCGAAAAAAAUUGUUCUAGACAAUGUAUGGAUGUUCAUGCACGUACCAAAUGAAUGGGCAUACCCCAGGAAAGGACUGGCUCAGGAUUUUGUUAUGAAUCAAAUCACAAACUAUGCCACCGAUGAAAACUUCUCCAAUUUCGAACUGGAGAUAGCCGUUCCUGCAGACGCGACAUUUGCUGUAGACAAGCUUUGCGGAAUGUUAAGGCAGCUUGGCCGUAGUUGGGAAGUCCGAGAAACCAUCUAUGGAAAAGAAAUCUGGUGCAGAUGUGGUCGCAGAUGGACAACGUACGCAAUGGCGAACAACAGAAUCCAAGGCCGGCUCAAUAUAUCUAUGAUAGAGUACAUCCCAAACUCCCGUUUUCGAUGUCACAGUGGAUUUCCAUAUUCAACCGAACCUAGCUGGUCUGAUGACGAGGAUGAAUAA